CAUGCUCUGGAACCAGCCACUCCCUUCUUCCUCCUUUCUUCCUUCCACAAUUACAUAGCAAAAUGGCUGGACAUUGGGCAAGAGAAGAACGCAAAGCUUUAAGACAAGAGCACAGAGCAGAAAGGCAAGAAGCAAGGCUUCAUCACAAAGCAGUGAAUGCAGCUCUGCAUGGCAAUAUAGGAAAAGCAAUUGUCCUUGAGGCAAAAGCGAAUGAGAAGCAUCAUCAGGCACAGCAUGCUGCCGUUAGAGCAGACAUAGCUCAUGACGUUCGUCACGACCAUCACCAUCAUCACCAUCACCAUGGACCACCUCACCACCACCAUGGACCACCUCACCACCACCACGGACACCAUGGUCCGGAAGUGACCUUUGUUGUUCCUGCUCCAACCACUGUUAUCCAUGCUCCACCUCCUCAACCAAGUUAUCCAGUUGGUGAAUGUCCUCCACCUGCUGCAUACCCCCCGCCCCCUCAACAAGGAUAUCCUCCUCAAGGAUACCCUCAAUCUGCUUACCCUCCGCCCCCUCAACAGGGAUACCCUCCGCCCCCUCAGCAGGGGUACCCUCCGCCCCCUCAAUCAGGAUAUCCCCCUCAGCAGGGGUAUCCCCCACCUCAAGGCGGGUAUUAUCCUCCUCCACCUACUUAUUAGAAGGAGAUGUAGAUGAAUUGUGUGAACUAGUAAAUGCUGUUAUAAAGUUAUAAAUAAUUAUAUUGCUGAUUUAAGUUUUUUUUACCUUUGUAAUUAUAGAAAUUUGUAUUAUAUCAUAUAUUGUAUUAUGAUUUGAUACUUUUGAUUUUUGAGACAUUAAAAUGAUUUCUACUAAAGCUACUAAUUUGGGCGAAGCCCUU